UGACGUCUCUGUUGACCCAACAAUGUAGGGUGAGUCGCUGACGGAAUGGAUUCAGCCAGCCUCACUUACGACACUUUGCGAUUUGGAGAGAUCGAAGAGUUCCCGGACACUCCGGAGCCAGUGUGGAUAUUGGGAAGGGAAUUCAGCGCACUCACAGAAAAGGAUGAGAUUCUCUCACAUGUUUCUUCACGCCUGUGGUUCACUUACAGAAAACAUUUUCAGCCAAUCGGAGGUACGGGCCCCUCAUCUGACACAGGCUGGGGCUGCAUGCUUCGAUGUGGGCAGAUGAUCUUAGCCGAGGCCCUGGUCUGCAGGCAUCUAGGCCGAGGCUGGAGGUGGGUGAAGGGCCAGAAACAGGGAGAAGAGUACCUCAGCAUUCUCAGUGCUUUCAUCGACAAGGAGGACAGCUGCUACUCCAUACAUCAGAUAGCCCAGGUGGGAGUUGGAGAGGGCAAGGGCAUCGGCCAGUGGUACGGACCCAACACCGUGGCUCAGGUUCUCAAGAAGCUGUCCGUGCGUGACUCAUGGAGCCGGCUGGCCGUGCAUGUUGCCAUGGACAACACCGUGGUGAUCGAGGAGAUCAAGCGCCUCUGCAUGCCCUGGCUGGAGGGGGUGGGAGAGGGGCAGCGGGUGCCGAACGGCUGCUCGGAGGGGGCCCGCGCCCUGGGAGGGGAGGAGACGCCUCUCUGGAGGCCCCUGGUGCUGCUCAUCCCACUGCGGCUCGGCCUGACCGACAUCAACGAGGCCUACAUUGAGACACUGAAGAGCUGCUUCAUGCUGCCUCAGUCCCUGGGAGUGAUCGGAGGGAAGCCCAACAGCGCACACUUCUUCAUCGGCUUUGUGGGACAGGAGUUAAUUUACCUGGACCCGCACACCACCCAGCCGGCCGUGGAGCCCUGCGAGGGGGGGCCGGUCCCUGACGACAGCUUCCACUGCCAGCACCCCCCCUGCCGCAUGCACAUCAGCGAGCUGGACCCCUCCAUCGCAGUGGGCUUCUUCUGCCAGACGGAGGAGGAUUUUGAUGACUGGUGCGUUCGCAUCAGAAAGAUGAGCUUCAGCAGAGACAGGCUGUCCAUGUUCGAGCUGGUGGACACGCAGCCGGUCCACUACGCCUGCUCCGAUGUGCUCAACCUCACCCCUGACCUCUCGGACUCAGACCGGCCGGAACGCUGCUUCGACUCUGAGGAUGAGGAGUUUGAGAUCCUGUCUCUGUGAGGGAGGAGCCGGGUCUGUCACGCGGUACAGUCCAGCGCAGCACAAUUGAGGAACACACAGCACGUUUCCUAACCAGAUACGCACUCCGACACUAAGACAGUCUCAUCCAGCCAGCCGACACGGGGAGGAACUCACAUAGGUUUU